GGAGCAUUGGGGGGAGAGGAGGAAUGGGGGAGAUAAUUGGGGGUGGUAUCCGGAACCCCCCAAACACGAAGAUUCGCUCCUGUGGAAUCUUACAUUGCAUGUUGUAUUCUCUUGGGAUGUCAACGGAGAUGAUGGAAUGUCAUCGGAGUGAGAACUUCCUCCUGGAGCGUGUGGAUGAUGAUGAUCGACUCCUCAUUCUCUCCAACUAUAAGGAACCAUGGUCUCCUCGUUCCUUCUAGCGGCUCAUCAGCGCUCUUUGUUUGGCAGGAAAUGGACCGUUGCAUCUCGAUUCGUGUCGACCGCUACUACCCAGAACACUGCAAAUGCUGAUAAUCCAGACUAUGUCGUGGCAGGAGCUGGAUCUGCAGGGAGUGUGAUUGCCUCUCGAUUGGCGCAAGCUGGCAAGUCGGUGACAUUGCUGGAAGCAGGACAUUCCGAUCGCAGUGGACAUGUCAGAGAUCUUUUCAUUCACAUGCCUACUGCCCUGGCAUGGCCCAUGUCUUCCCCUCGCUACAAUUGGGGGUUUGGAGUCGAGCCGGCACCAGCUUUGGGUGGUCGUGUGAUUUCUUGUCCUCGUGGCAAAGGACUGGGAGGAUCCUCCAGCAUUAACGGCUUGGUCUACGUCCGAGGACAUCCAGAAAAUUUCAAUGAGUGGCAACACAUGGGAGCAGACGGAUGGGACUAUGCCUCUGUCUUGCCCUACUUCAAAAAGGCAGAAACUUGGGCCCAUCACACCAAUCACCACGACGACGACAACAAUCGCUUGUACAGGGGCGAUACAGGUCCCUUGCACGUCAAAAAUGGAGACAAUGCCGCCAAGACGCCUCUCUACGAUCUCUUUAUUAAGGCUGGAUCAGAGGCAGGGUAUGGAAUGACACCGGAUUACAAUGCCCAGCGACAAGAAGGAUUUGGACCCAUGGCCAUGACUGUAUUUCAUAGUGGAUCACUUCGGGGAUGUCGAUCCAGUACAGCUUCGGCCUACCUGCAUCCUGCAGUGAAGCACCACUCCCCGCAGCUCAAAGUUCAAACCAAUGCCAUGAUUCAAAAAGUUAUCUUUGACAAUCAAGAAGGAGCCAAACCCAGAGCUACGGGGUUGGAGUAUCUAGACGGGAAAACCCGCACAAUGCAAACAAUCCACGCCAACCAGGAAGUCAUUUUGUGUUUGGGUUCCAUUCAAUCUCCCCAAUUACUGCAAGUCUCAGGCAUUGGUGAUACGUCCCACUUGCAUCAAAUUGGUGUCACAUCCAUUGUUCAUCACAAUCCACAUGUCGGUCAAAACCUGCAAGAUCAUUUGGAACUCUACUUUCAACAAGAAGUCAUACCACCCAUUUCCAUUGCUCCCGUUUUGUCGAGUUACUGGGAACAACUCAAACUGGGAAUUGAGUGGAUCUUGACAAGAAAGGGAUUGGGAGCCACGAAUCAAUUCGAGGCUGCCGCAUUUGUCCGGUCGGCCCCCACCAAGCCCUUUCCUGAUGUCCAGUUUCAUUUCUUACCCGUGGGGAUUAGUUACGAUGGCGUCACUCUAGCACCCAGCAAAACAGGCCACAGUCUACAGAUUCAUAUCGGGGCAUCUGCUUCCAAGAGUCGGGGUUACGUCAAGGCCAAAACGGCCGAUAUGAAUGAACAGCCCAAAAUCCAAUUCAACUACAUGAGUCAUGACGAGGAUUGGAUUGAUAUGAGAAAUGCCAUUGAAGUAGCACGACAAGUCAUGCGACAACCGGUAUUAAAGGAUAUCGUGGGAGACGAAAUCAUGCCGGGGAAGAACGCCAAUUUGGAUGACUACAUUACAGAGCAUGUUGAAUCGGCCUAUCAUCCUUGUGGGACGUGUCGCAUGGGUGCCAGUCAAGACGAAAAUCAAGCCGUGGUGGAUCCUUGCGGGAGAGUCCAUGGCGUAGAUGCCUUGCGAGUGGUGGAUGCAUCAAUCUUUCCUACCAUUACCAACGGCAACUUGAAUGCUCCCGUCAUUAUGGUAGCAGAACGCAUGGCCGAUCUCAUCUUGGGCAAGGAACCAUUGCCCCCAGUGGAACUCUCAGCAGGCAAUGAACCGUGGGUGCCUCCUGAGAAUGGAACGGAUCGAGAGAAUUCACCCAUGGUGCCAUAGCAAAAGUUGUCGGGAUGCUGUCGGCAUGGUGGACAGGAAUGUAGCUAUCGCAGCUAGCGCCACGAUAUCUAAGUACCGGUACAUGAAAGAUCGCCAUAGACUCAACUACAUGGGUCUCUCGCAGCCCGCAAGCCGCAGUCUUCAUAGGCAGGCGGUGUAAACCGGUGGCCCUGAACCAAGUGCUUCAAAGGCGCCGACAGAGGUGGCGUCGCCAACAAUGCCACUAGCUAGGAGCGGAAAGGGACACUAUAUCCACGGAUGCAGUGUAACCUGUACCGGUACUUUGCUGGCUGACAUCGAUCAAGUACCGGUACCGGUAGCUGUUGCAUCUACAUUUUACUACAUGCUAUAAGACUAGAGAACAGGGUCUUGACAUCCACUAGCGUGGCUGUUUGAACUGGAGAAACGCAGAUGACACUAGCUCUUGAAGCGUCUCGGUUGUGCUUCAUAGUGAUUCCUGUUUGUUUUUCAGAGACUUGUGCUUCAUAGGCUGGUCCAAGUCCAAGCGUCCGUCCAGAUGGAAGGGAUUUCUCGGAGUAAUCCAUAGUGAAUAUUGUGGACCGAGAAGUCUCCCCGCUCUUCGCUCUUCAGUACAGUGCACAAACAUUCCACAAGAGUGUCUUGGUUGACAUCUGGUGCACGCAGCUUGGCUCUGCCGUGGCGGUUUAGGAUCGCGUAGAACAUCGAUUCACAACGAAAAACAUUCCCGUACUCGAGUGAUGUGUUGUGCUCCUUCAUCAGACUGAGAAUUUUGUCUGUUUCUGAAACACUGCACCCAUAGUAGAAAAGUUUCUUUAGCGAAGUGUUUUCCUUCAGCACUUCAACGACAGGAUCCCAUUCUAUGAGGGGUGUCCCACACCCUUCGUCACCCAGCGUGAGCUUUUCAAGUCGACCCAUCGAAAGAAUAUCCGCAACCUCCUUGCCCACGUGAAGCCCUCCAAAAUCGACGUUGCCACAGAAUGCCAAUGAUCGUAGUGCUGGAAGUGUUUGGAGCUGUUCAACAUGCCGCGUGUCCAGUCAAUACGAAGAGACGAAGUACCACAGACAAACUCAAACAAUUCCAAAGUGCUGUGGUGGGCAAUUGGAGAAGGCACCCAUCCAUCCUGACAAAUAUUGCACCUUUGAACAUAAAAUUCUUUGACCGUUGCCGCCACGACAGAGAGUAGCUCACUGAGUGGAGUCGCGUUGUCGAGGGAAAAAUCGCUCAAGAAAGGACUUUGAUGCCAUGAUGGGCCUGAAUGAUGUCUUUGCUGACUGCACAGAGUUCUUGGCCAUUCAUGACAGUUCCCGCCUCAUAAUCUAUGGGGAGGGACAGACAAAGGUUUUUUCAACUCGCGGCAGGACUGCACAGCAGCCACCAUCAGAUUCUUUCCCUCCUGGUCCUCUGGAAACCCCGCUGGGAUUAGAAGCUCCAAAUCUUCCAGUAGCAGAUCAUUUGGGCAGCAAUGAAGGUGAUUCAGAGUUGCAAUGAAUACAUGUACGUCCAUGCUCAUAGAACCAUGUAUGAAUCGGAGGGUCUUGAGUUUUGAGAGAAUUGUUGUUGCAGAAAGCAAUGUGCCCAUAGUCCAGUCGUCCUCUUCAAAUACAAGCGAAUCAACUCCGCAUAGAUUGACCAAUGCUUUCACCAUGAAAGGAGACCAAACUUUCCCAAAACCAUCAGUUAGAGCUUUGACAAAGAACUCGUCAUA